CUCAGCCUCCCAGAGAAAUGCAUAUUAAAACCCCAAUGAGACACCACUUCACACCCACUAGGAUGGCUAUUACAAAAAAUACAGGUAAUAACAAUGGUUAGCCAGGAUGCGGAAACAUUGAAACCCUCAGGCACUGCUGGUGAGAAUGUAAAAUGUUGCAGCCACUUUUAAAAACAGUCUGGACAUUCCUCAGAAAACGUUAAAGAGUUACCAAAUGACUUCGCAAUUACACUCCUAGCUAUACAUGCAAGAUACAGGAAAACUUUUGUCCAAGAUCUUGCUUUCUUCAACUGACCAAGAACCUUAAUUCAGAUUCUUUUCUAUAGAUUCUCUUACAUGAUUCUGUAUAAAUUCUCCUCUAUGAGGCAGAGAGAGGCCCCAAAAGGCAAUUCAUUCAUUCCUUCAUUCAGGAAAAGCUUAGCAGGCAUGCUGCUAGGUACUAGGACUACAACAAUAAUCAAGACAGGGUCUCUGCCUUUAAGCUUAGAGUCCAAUGCGGGGUACAAACACGAAACAAAUAAUUAUAACAGUGAUAAAGUGUUAAUCCAAACUGCAUCACUUUGUAACUCCCCGCCCCACCACCAUUUUGCAGACCUUGGCUAAAGGGAAGCAUUCCACGGGGGUUUGGGCCCUUAGAAACAGCCUGUUCAAUUGCCUGCCUGACUUUAUCACCUUCUGCUGGGAAAAAGUCCAAGGAACAUCGCCUCAUAUUCUGUGGGAACAAGGGCCAAACUGCCUCAUUAUGGGAACAUCUUACCAACAUCUUCCCGGGCAGCAAGCCAUAUUGCCCAGACCCAUCCUGCUUAUACCUACAAGUACCCCAGCCUGUAAGAAGCGGUGGGCACUGGCAUUAAGCUAGUCCCCCACCUCUGUAGGUCUUAUGCUAGACAGAAAGCCUGGAUUUGAUGUAGAGCUGCCACUCUCUCUUUCUUUAACCCUCACCUUCCUUUCAAAAUGUAACAAUAAGUACAUCUAUUCUAGAUUUAGCAUUCAGUGGUAUAUAAAACAAAGUUGUCCAAGAGAGCUGGGCAGAGAAGUGGCAAGAAAUGGAAGCUACCAGAUCUUUGAAACUCGAUCCCCCAUGAGUUCUAGUUUUAUACCAAGUGGAUGCCUCACUGCAUCCAUCUUCUCAGCUUGGUCACCGGUUUGGUAGAAGUUGCAGCUCGAAACACAGCUUUCUACUGUCUCUUGACUUCUUUACUCUGCCUGUAUCUGUGUAAACUCUCCUCAGUUACCCAUUUGAGUUUGCCACCUGUUUCCUGCUAAAACCAUGGCUGAUAAAGGUCUGUAUGAAAAGACUAUUUACAGAAGUGGACAAGGUUAAGGAAACAAAAAAAAAAGAGGGAAGUUUGGGCAUCCAGGUCUUAGCAACAGCAGGAAACCAUUAUCAUCCCUAGGCCUAAGAGGGCAGGGGGAGAAAAACAUAUUACUAUAGCAUGGAUGAGAGCUGGAGCCAUGGAAGAGAGGACACCCAACAGAAGCUGUCAUGUAGUCUCAGCCAGUGUCAACUGUGGCAGGAAGGGAAUAGGAAGAACAAAUAUUCCAAUCUCUCUCUCUUUCUCCCCAUUCCUCCCUUCCCUCUUCCUCUCCCUCUUUCUUCUCCCCUCCAGUCCUGUAUAAACCCAAUCUGAAGCCGAAUUCAGCUAGCAUUCAGGUGAUAAAGUCAACAGAGGUCAGCCUUCCAGGGUACAGAUCAGAGCCAAGGAAGGCUGAUUUAGAAAGCCAAACAGAAAAUAAUCAACAAUCACACUUCAUCAUCAAAAUCACUUUUAAAGAGAGUAGAUAUCUUUUAAACUUUAUUACAAAAAAAAAUGCUUUUUGGUAAUACUUUUUUUUUUUUUUUAAAGACAGGGCACAUAGCCCCAACACACCACCCUGCACACAGAAAAUACUCAUUGGUCUUCACUAGUGAAAUAACCAAUGGAUUGCUAAGGGCCAACUUGCCUGAACAGGCUACACAAGAAUCUCAGAGCCCAACCCAUUGUGAAGAAACAUGGGCUACUUCUGAGGUUCUAGAAUUCCCAGAAGCUCUGCUUCAGCACGGGGAGCUUUUGCUCGCAGUUUGCUUCAUAGCUCUGUGAAGAAGCUGUGGCCCACACUAGGAUCCCCUCUUUUCCUAAACCGAGAUGAACAUGUUUCUCUUACUAAUGAGUCUUUAUCUCCUUGGAUCUGCCAGAGGAACAUCAGGUCAGUCUGAUGAGUCUUCUGGCUCCAUAGAUCAUCAAACUUCAGUUCAGCAGCUUUCAGGUGAGUUCUUUCCACUUGAAAACCCUUCUGAUGCUGAGGCUUUAUAUGAGACUGCUUCAGGCCUGAACACUUUAAGUGAGCAUGGUUCCAGUGAGCAUGGUUCGAGAGAGCACACUGUGGCUGAGCACACUCCUGGAGAACCUGCCGAGAGCGAGCAUGCUUCGGGUGAGCCUGCUGCGACUGGACAUGCAGAAGGUGAGCACACUGUAGGUGAGCAGCCUUCAGGAGAACAGCCUUCCGGUGAACACCUCUCCGGUGAACAGUCUUUGGGUGAGCAUGCAUCAGGUGAACAGCCUUCAGAUGAACAGCUUUCAGGUGAACAUGCCUCCGGUGAACAGCCUUCUGGUGAGCACGCCUCAGGUGAACAGCCUUCGGGUGAACAGCCUUCAGGUGAGCACGCUUCAGGUGAACAGUCUUUGGGUGAGCAUGCUUUGAGUGAAAAGCCUUCAGGGGAACAGCCUCCAGGUGCACCAAUUUCAAGCAUAUCUACAGGCACAAUAUUAAAUUGCUACACAUGUGCUUAUAUGAAUGAUCAAGGAAGAUGUCUUCGUGGAGAGGGAACCUGCAUCACUCAGAAUUCCCAGCAAUGCAUGUUAAAGAAGAUCUUCGAAGGUGGAAAACUCCAAUUCAUGGUUCAAGGGUGUGAGAACAUGUGCCCAUCUAUGAACCUCUUCUCCCAUGGAACCAGGAUGCAAAUUAUAUGCUGUCGGAAUCAAUCUUUCUGUAAUAAGAUCUAGAAGCCUGGGCCUUUGCUUGUUUUGACUCAGGCAGUAAAAAGUCUCUAUCAUUCUAUUUGGCUCAUUUUAUAUUUAGUUCCUUCCCCAGUCAACAACUGACCACAUCUGCCUCUGCCUGAGAAUUAGGAUGCUCAAACAUCCUAUCUUUCUUCUUCUAUUCAUGCUUUUAUCCAUUCUUCUCUGUCCUAUCUUCCCUGCUCCAACUCUAUCUCUCAAUAUUCCUGAUUUUUUUUUUCAAUAAACUUCACAUCGUUAAAGCACACAGGCUCAAGAUAGACUUUUUUUUCUCCAUUAAUCUAGUAGUAGGGUCAACAUGCAGCUUCCUUCCACGCUGACACUAAAGUGGGUGCAUUUUGUAAGCAUUCUAUAUUUAUGAAAGUAAAGGAGUCUCCAAGGACAGAGACAACAAAGAGGAAUGCAAAGUAGGUAUUAAUCUUUUACAGGGUGUAAACAACGUUGCAGGUACUUCUGACACCCCUACUUUUCCAUCCCUACACACUCUUCCAUUUAUUAUGGCAUACAAAAAGUCAACACUUCUCUGGCUCUUGAGAGUUUCCAGUCUUCAGUAGUCCACUACUAACAUAGUAAUAGUACAAUGAUUCCUUAUUUGCUAUAUAUUAUAGCAGUUCAUAAUGCUUAAUUAAUUUUUUUCACACACAAUGUUACUGAAUCAUCUAUUCAGGACAGGAAGGCAAAUGGAAAUACUAAACCGUCCCUCACUCAUAUAAGUGUUAUGUUCUUCAAGGUGUUUUCACAUACAUGGUCUCAUCUGAUCCUCAGGAAAGAGCCCAAAGGGGUAGACAGCAAAGAUGGCAUCAUCCUUUUUUACAAAUAAGGGAAUGUGACACAGAGAUGUUUCCUUUAUUCAUACUCCCUGUUGUUCCAAAUUUACCAAGGUUACAGAGCUAGAGAGAGUUAUAGGCAGAUUCCACAACCAAAUCUGCAUGACCUAAAUCUAAGCCGUCUCCACCACAAUGAAAGUAGCCAGAAUGGUUCUAAGAACUCUUAGAACAGUACAACAAGAAGUCAAGUCAAUUUUACCAUAUAUAAAAUUUAAAAUUUUAACAUAUAUACACAUCAUGACCCCUUCCCAAAAAUAUACUGGUAACAAGCUCUUCACUGGCAAUAAUGGUAAAAUGGAAGAAAAUGGAACAUCUUCAAACUUCCGAAUGAAAAUUAUUUUGAACUUAUACCCAUAUCCCUAGAUAAAAUAGUAUAGAAAAAUAAAAUCCCCAAACCAGGAACUAAAAUCCCAAAUGAAUUUUCAACUUGGCCAGAAGGGAAAUGAAAGCUUGCCAACAUCGUCAACACUAAUUUCUCUUCCUUUGAAGGGAGAAGAUAAUAGUCUAUUAGGUAUAGGUGAUGAGAGAAAAAUGUAAGUUCAAACAUGUUGUUAAAAUUUAAGGAGCCAGGCAUGAUGGCUCACAUCUGUAAUCCCAGUACUUUGGGAGGGUGAGGCAGAAAAUCAUUUGAGA